AUGAGGACAUUUUACCCAUCUGAUUCUUGUAAAGAAUCACAGCUCGAUUCCUUGAAUCCACAGUCAUGGCUUCAAGUUGAGAGAGGGAAGCUUUCUUCCUCCUCUGCUUCUUCAUCUGCUCCACUGUGCAGAGAAUCAUUUAUCAAAGUCCCUGAGCCGCAGAUACUUCCGCAUUACAAACCUCUUGACUACGUAGAAGUUCUUGCUCAGAUUCAUGAAGAACUCGAGACCUGCCCUUUACAGGAGAGAUCGACUCUCUACUUAUUGCAGUAUCAAGUCUUUAGAGGUCUUGGAGAGACCAAACUCAGACGGAGAAGCCUACAAUCAGCUUGGCAAGAAGCUACAACAGUCCAUGAAAGAGUUGUGUUUGGUUCUUGGUUAAGGUAUGAGAAGCAAGGAGAAGAAGUUAUCACAGAUUUGCUUUCCUCUUGUGGUAAAUACUCUGAAGAAUUCGUUCCGUUGGAUAUUGCAUCUUACGUCCCAGUUACGGCUCCUUCUUCUUCUUCUUCCUCUGUGAACUUGAAGCGCAAGAUAUCGAAAACCGUUGUGUUUAAGAUAGGAGAAGAGAGAAUAGCUUGUGACAGAAGGAAAUUCGCGAGUCUUUCAGCUCCAUUUCAGGCCAUGCUCUAUGGGAGCUUCACGGAGUCGCUUCUUGAUGAGAUAGAUAUGUCAGAGAAUCAUGUCUCGUCUUCAGCUAUGUGUGUGGUCAGAGACUUCAGCGUUGUUGGUGUGUUGAUCGGAGUCUCCAAGAAUCUGUUACUGGAAGUUUUGGUUUUCGCAAACAAGUUCUGCUGCGAGAGGCUUAAAGAUGCUUGCGACAGAGAAUUAGCUUCUCUGAUCUCUUCGAUGGAAUGUGCCAUUGAGCUUAUGGAGUUUGCGCUCGAAGAGAGCUCUCCUAUCUUAGCUGCGUCGUGUCUGCAAGUCUUUCUUUACGAGAUGCCUGAAAGCUUAACCGAUGAGCGUGUUGUAGAGGUUUUGACUAGGGUUAGUAGAUGUCAAGUCUCAACAAUGGCGGGAAAAGCUUCAUUCGCUUUGUACUCUUGUCUAAGCGAAGUCUCGAUGCGUAUAGACGUUAAGUCUGAGAGAACGUUGAGGUUUUUGGAGAAAGUUGUCGACUUUGCGGAGAAUGAUCGGCAGAGAGUGUUAGGGUUUCAUCGGUUAGGUUGUGUGAGGAUGUUGAGGAAAGAGUACCGUGACGCAGAAGAAGCCUUUGAAACCGCUUUUAAUUUAGGUCAUGUGUACUCAGCUACUGGUUUAGCGAGAAUAGGUUACAUCCAAGGCCAUAGGCUUUGGGCUUACGAGAAGCUAAGCUCUGUUAUCUCCUCUGUUUCUUCUUCUUCGCCGCCUCCUCCUCUCGGAUGGAUGUAUCAAGAAAGGUCUUUAUACUGUGAAGGUGACAAGAAGCUUGAGGAUCUUGCGAAAGCGACGGAACUGGACCCGACUUUGACGUAUCCUUACAUGUACCGAGCGGUCACGUUAAUGUCUAAACAGAACGCCGAGGCUGCGUUAGAGGAAAUCAACAGGAUAUUGGGGUUUAAGCUGGCGUUGGAAUGCUUGGAGAUUCGGUUUUGUCUCUACCUCGGUAUGGAUGAUUACGAAGCGGCUCUACGAGAUAUCCAAGCUGUGCUUACUCUGUGUCCUGACUAUCGAAUGUUUGAUGGGAAAGUAGCUGCGAGGCAGCUGAGGACGCUUGUCUACGAGCAUGUAGAGAACUGGACGACUGCGGAUUGUUGGAUGCAGCUUUAUGAGAAAUGGUCGAACGUUGAUGAUAUUGGUUCUCUUUCUGUCAUCUAUCAAAUGCUUGAAGCUGAUGCUUUUAAAGGUGUUCUCUACUUUAGACAGUCUCUGCUUCUCCUAAGGUUGAAUUGUCCUGAAGCGGCGAUGCGUAGUUUACAGUUAGCGCGAGAGCACGCGUCGAGCGAACACGAGCGUCUGGUGUAUGAAGGAUGGAUCUUGUACGACACUGGUCACUGCGAAGAAGGGCUUCAAAAGGCUAAAGAGUCCAUAAGAAUAAAGAGAUCAUUUGAAGCUUAUUUCCUCCAAGCUUAUGCUUUAGCAGAAUCUAGCCUCGAUCCAUCGAGUUCUUCGACCGUUGUUUCGCUUCUUGAAGACGCUCUUAAAUGUCCCUCUGAUAGGCUCCGGAAAGGUCAGGCUCUGAACAAUCUUGGGAGCGUCUAUGUUGAUUGUGAGAAGCUAGACUUAGCUGCGGAUUGCUAUAUCAACGCGCUGAAGGUGAGGCACACGCGCGCGCACCAAGGCUUAGCUCGAGUGCAUUUCCUUAGGAACGACAAAGCUGCAGCGUACGAAGAGAUGACCAGACUGAUCGAGAAGGCUCAGAACAAUGCAUCCGCGUACGAGAAAAGAUCUGAGUACUGCGACCGUGAGCUCGCUAAAUCUGAUCUUGAAAUGGUCACUCGGUUAGAUCCUCUUAGGGUUUAUCCUUACCGAUACAGAGCAGCAGUGUUGAUGGAUAGUCGGAAGGAGAGAGAGGCUAUUGCGGAGUUGUCUCGAGCUAUUGCCUUUAAAGCUGAUCUUCAUCUUCUUCACUUGAGAGCGGCUUUCCACGAGCAUAUUGGGGAUGUGGGAAGUGCGUUGAGGGACUGUCGUGCAGCGCUCUCGGUUGAUCCUAAUCAUCAAGAGAUGCUCGAGCUACAUAGCCGUGUUAAUAGCCAUGAACCUUGA